AUGGAUCGUAAAGAUUAUUACAAGCCACCUAAGCAAAUGCCUCAGUCCAAGCCUGCAGACCUCAUCGAUCUUAACCAAGCCUCUUUAGUUUAUAUUACUGUCUUUGCUUUCCCUGCUGACAAAAGGCAUGAAAAGCAAGAAAUUCACGUUUCUGCACCAGGUGCUGGUCCGUGGGCUGUUGGUAGUACCCAAUCUUGUAGUUGGUGGUCUAACAAUAUUAAAUCUGAUGCCAAGGUUAUCGUUGAGAUUAAAUCAGUUUCCAGCGGCAAAGCUUGUUGGAAAGGAGAGGCGGAAUGUGGAACUGGCACUUUAGAUUUCAAAAUCGGUAGCGAUUGGGACACCAAAGACUCCUAUUACUGCUACGUCUAUCUCAAGGAAGACGAAACAUGCUAUGGUAAAGGUGGAGAGUUUACACUUAUAAGUUCAUACGGAUACGGAUACGGAGAAAAGAAGGAUUAUUCAUACUCUAAAUCAGAUGAUUACUCGAAGAAAACUUAUUAA